AAAUUGACAAGCACCAACUGAAUAGCAUCAACAGCCACCAUGACGACAGAGCUCACAAAUAAACAGAAAGAGCGUGAGAAGGAUCGCGCAAAGAGGACGAAAGAUGGGGUCACUCAACUACCGCGAAAAAAGUUCUAUCGCCAAAGAGCGCACGCAAAUCCUUUCUCUGAUCAUAUGCUAGAAUAUCCUAAAUCUCCAGACGAUAUGGAUUGGUCCUCAUAUUUUCCACACUACGUCCAGGAGGGAACACCAGAGGAUCCCUCAAAGCCUCCUAAACUGACAAAAGAUGUGGAAAUUGUCGAUAUUGGCUGUGGAUUUGGAGGUCUUCUCGUUGCUUUAGCGCCCAAGCUACCUGACACUCUCACACUCGGCCUGGAGAUCCGAACACAAGUAGCAGGCUACGUUCAAGAGCGUAUAAAGGCACUGCGAUCACAAAACUCGGACAACAUGUAUCAGAACGUGGGCUGCAUCCGAGCAAACACUAUGAAGUUCCUCCCAAAUUUCUUCAAGAAGGCCCAACUAUCCAAGAUCUUCAUCUGCUUCCCCGAUCCUCACUUCAAGGCCAGGAAGCACAAAGCCAGAAUUGUAUCGACAACGUUGAACUCUGAAUACGCUUAUGCGCUACGACCAGGCGGCAUUGUGUAUACCAUCACCGAUGUCGAGGACUUGCACUUGUGGAUGGUUCAGCAUCUUGAGGCUCAUCCUGCUUUCGAGAGGAUAUCGAAGGAGGAAGAAGAGGCGGAUGAAUGUGUCCAGGUCAUGUCGACUGAGACUGAGGAGAGUAAGAAGGUUACGAGAAAUAACGGACAGAAGUUUGUAGCGUUGUUCCGGAGCACCACCAACUUCACCACUUACAUCCAAUCCAUCUUCGUUCAAGAAUGUGGCUCUGAGGUCAACAUCCUGGUGAUGGCCCUCAAGCGUAGAGAUGUCAUUGUUGCUGGACUCGCCGCCUUCAUAGCUUGGGGCUUCGCUGCGAGCUGGUCACCUGUCCUCCGCUGGGCAGGCCAUGCCUUUGUUGCUGGCUCCCUUGUUACUCUCGUCGCCCUCUUAGCUGGUCUCUUUCUCGUAUCACGACGGCCAAGCGAUCGAAUACUACAACCACAUGGCGUUACCUUCCUCGGUAAGAAGUCAUGGCGACUAGAGGUGCAGGGACUGCGCCAGCGACAAUCAUAUACUCCGACUCCAAUAGACCCCGAAUCACCCCGCGUUUCCGAAGCUAUCGACAACUUGCUUGGCCUUAUAACCCGGGACUUUGUGAAUAGCUGGUACUCAAAUAUUAGUCGCAACCCGUCUUUUUCGAACCAGGUCGAUCAAGCGGUGCGGCAGGCGUUGCUGAGCUUGACUGAUUUCCUUCGUCAUAAGGACCUGGCGGAGCUCGUCACUAGCCGUCUUGUUCCUCUCCUCACCGCCCACUUCCGAGACUUCUACGAAGCGGAGAAAUCAGUGCGAGGAAAGAAACUCAACCGUUCUGUCACUGAAUCUGAAGAGCUGGACCUAGCUAUUGCCUCAAAAUUUCGUGAUGGGCGCCUACAUCCAGCUGCUUCUUUGUCGUUUCCCGACACAAAGAUGGUCCAGCAGGACUACCUCAGGUCUCUUGUCGCAAAGAUUGUACCCCAAAUACUACCCGAGAACAUGUUGUCCAGUCGAGCUGUAUCGAUUAUUAUUCGCGAGAUCGUUGCGUGCGCCGUUCUGUUCCCUGUGAUCCAACUUCUCUCUGAACCAGACACUUGGAAUCAACUGAUGGAGAAUCUGGGCCGCUCAAUGCUUCAGGAUCGAUCAACCGUGAGAAAACUCCGAGCAGCUUUGGACCAGCAUGCUCCUUCGACGCCCAAAGCCAACAAGUUGGCUUCCAUGCCCAGAGUCGCUCCUGGAGACAGUGAGCGCAAGUUCGAGAAGUUUAUCCGUGCUAUUCGCAAGGUCAAUAACCUAUCAGAUGCACGUCGUUUUCGUAGCGAAGUCGCUAGUCAACUGAAGAGGGAUUCUCUUGAAGACAAUCAAGACCAGGUUUACCUUCGUCGAUUGGAGAUGGGAAAGAGGCUGCUAGACCAACGGGUUAAUCAUCUUGCUGCUGGUGGCGAACGUCGUCCACCUGGUCCUUUGCCUUUACCAUCGACUUCUUCUUCACAGUCCAAGCUAGAGAGUGCGCCACUAGUAGAUAUUCUGCGAGAUUCUUCAGCGCUUUCUUACUUUAUGGAAUACAUGGAUCGACAAAAUCUCAUGCCUUUAGUGCAGUUCUGGCUUGUCGUUGACGGAUUUCGAAACCCUCUAGAAGAUGAUGGCCCAGAUGACGAACUGCCAUCAACCCUGCCAAUGUGGACAGAUGCCGACCGCCAGGAUUUACAACAGAUUAACCAGGCCUAUCUUUCGAGGCCAGAGUUAAAGGUCCCGGAUCAUUCGAGGAAUGAAGUCAAGGAGUUCAUCAAGGCAGGAAAGUCAGCCACCCCGUUACAAUACUAUAGAGCGCGGCGAGCUAUCUUGAAGGCCCAGAGCGCCGUCCUAGAGGAAAUGCGGUCACGCUUCUUUCAGAGUUUCAAGAAGUCGGAUCUAUUUUACAAAUGUCUUGCAGCUGAAGAAGCAGCCAAUAUUCAGACUCUCAGAUCGACACCACAGCCAGAAGUACAGGCACAGGCACAGACACAGGCAUCAGCAACCAACCGUGCGAGCAAGACUUUGCCGGCAAAGCCAAGACCAGUAUCGCGGCUGACGCCCCAAUUGUCAAAUGCUGGGAAACGUACAGGAUCUGCAUCAGAUCUUAAAUCUUUGACAUCUAAUGGUAAUGGGCAUGGACAUCGAGCUAGGCGCUCGUUAGACGAAGGCUCUUUCAAUCCUCUAUUCGACGACGAUGACAUCGAUACUGAUGGACUAGGAGAUUCCGUGCAGAGUCUAGAUCCAGAUGCGAACAGCCAGCAACUACCAGAUACCCAAGUUGUGAAGGCAGUAGAACAGGCCUUUACCGAUAUCAUGGAGGAUGAUCGUCCUCAAACUGCUGAAGCUCUUCGUGCCUCCCUUUUCGGCGGCCCUGGCGGCCCUGGCGGCAGCAGUAUUGGAGGUAUUGAUGAUAAUGCAUCAAGUCUCUUCUCGGGCAAUGAUAACGAGUCUCAUCGUGGCUCUCUGGAUAUGGGCAUUCGACCUCCUAUGGCGAACAAGGAAGGCGAGAAACCAAGCCUUUCGUCACUUGGUCUCGUCAGUGCGGCUUCACGAAUCGGUGUUUUCGUGGAUGACGAUCUGUUUGGCGAUAACAACAAAGAUCUCCCUGACGACGGUGAUCCAGAUGACGGGCCACCGCCUGACGACGAGGAUGAAGUGCAUGAAGCAGCACCAGGAGACCUUGGAUUGGCAGAAGCCAUCACUGCUCUCUCAAACGAUAUCGAUCGCUUGGUGGCGCAGGAAGCGGUUGUGGAAUCGUUGACGCGAAAGGCAGAGUUGACAAACAAUACUGCCGAGCUGCGCAUUCUUAGGAAGUCCAAAGCGUCUCUGCAAAGGGAGAUCAGGCGCAAGGAGCUCCAACGGCAGCAGUACGUGAUUCAGGAGAGCGACAACAGUCUCUACGGCCGCUCGACCAUCAAAAUCAAGUCCAUCCAAGUGGGAAGAGAAGAAGAUGGUCGGGAGUUUGCGCUCUACGUUAUUGAAGUCCAGAGAAAUGCUGGAGAGCAGAUGCCUGCUGCGUCAUGGGUGAUUUCGCGGCGAUACAGCGAGUUCCACGAACUUCACCAAAAGCUGCGGUCUCGAUACCCGUCAGUGCGAAAUCUUGACUUUCCUCGGCGGCGCAUGGUGAUGAAAUUCCAGAGCGAGUUUCUACGCAAACGACGAACUGCCCUGCAGCAGUAUCUACAAGACCUACUUCUCUUACCAGAAGUUUGCCGCAGCCGGGAACUCAGAGCCUUCCUUUCGCAGAGCGUAAUCACACAAGGUCAAGAUAUCUUGGAUCGCGAAGACAAGAAAGACAUGAUGACUCGGUUGUAUGAUUCUGUUGCGGAUGGAAUGGAUGACAUCCUUGGAAAUAUUCCUGUUCUGGACCAGAUAUCUGAAGCUGGCCAGAACCUCAUUGCAGCGGCUACUAACCAGCUCAACGCGGUUCCUCUCAAUAUUAACGAAGAUACGUUUCCAGCCGCUGAAGCUGAGGCAGAGUUGAAUGCAUUUGAGAAUAAGGAACUUGAACCGUUCAUCAAACCGAUCUGCGACAUCUUUCUUGAGAUUUUUGAGCUCAACAAGGGAAACAACUGGCUUCGUGGCAGAGCGGUAGUAGUUGUUCUGCAACAACUUCUUGGUGGUACGAUUGAAAGAAAAGUGCGAGACAAUGUCAAGAUGCUUGUUCAAGACGAAAACAUUCUCAAAUACAUUGCGUUGGUGCAAGAUAGUCUAUGGCCUGGAGGCCAGUUACAACGAGAUCGCAAACCGCGAACAGCUGCCGAAAAGAAAAAGACACGGACCGAGGCGAGCUUGAUGCUGGCCACAUUGGUGCCAGAUCUCGCAGGUAGUGUUGUUGGAAGAGUCAAUGCUCAGACAGCCAGUCGUCGUAUAUUUGCAACGUUGAACAACUCGAGGUUGAAUGCACACCUCGUAUUUACUAUGAUUGAUGAAAUUGUCUCGGUCCUUUUCGAGGAACCAUAUCCAUUCCAUGUAUCACGAACGAUUGGAUCGUAUUUUACAUCUACCAAAUCCGAUGUCGAGGCUCACUUCGCGACUCAUGGUACCGGAGAAAUCACCGAGGUUAAGCUCAUGAAUGGCUUCGGUUUCAUCGAGUACAAGGACCCCAUGGAUGCCCGUGAUGUUGUACCGGCCUUCCAUGGCUCUGAUUUCAUGGGAGAACGACUCACUGUCCAGUUCGCCCGCGGUUCCCGGCAUCGCGAGGGCGGUUUUGGCAACCAUGAGCGCACCGCGCCGCGGCCUCGUCGAACCCCUCAUCGAAUGCAGAUUACGGGACUUCCAAACGAUACCUCUUGGCAGGAUCUCAAAGACUUUGCGCGUCAGUCUAGCUUGGACGUUGUCUAUUCUGAAACUGGUCGCGACUCGAACGGCCGAGGUUUCGUCGAAUUCGAGACUGCAGCAGACCUUAGAACGGCUGUUGAGAAGCUCGACGGGCGUGAAUUCAAGGGACAGCGAGUCCAAUGCGUUGCUGACACUCAGCCGGACAUGCCUCCUCGCGAGCGCGGUCGAUCCCGCUCCCCAGGACGUCGACCUUAUCCUCCUCCCAUGGACGACUACGAUCGGCGUGGCCCUCCCCGCGGAUAUAGUCCUCGCGGUGGUGGUGGUUACGGCUACCGAGAUCGUAGUCCUCGUCGCGAUUACUAUGAUGAUCGCGCCCGUUAUCGAUCUCCUCCUCGCCGUCCCAUGGAGGACUAUCCUCCCCCUCCCCCUCGCGGCCGCUACGAUGACCCCUAUCGCCGCGACUACCCUCCUCCGCCCGAUCCCUAUGCCAAUGGGCGACCUCCUUAUGACCGACCUCCUCGAGAUUUCCCUCCGCGAGAGGGCGGAUACCCACGAGAUGGUGGUUAUCCCCGAGACUAUGAUCGUGGUGGACGCUACUGGUAAAUCCAUAUCCCAUUACCGCUUUGGGCGCUUGCUUGGCGGGACUGUCCUUGACCGACGGUGCUAGAUCUACUCUCAACCGAAUGCGCUAAAUGGCGUGAAACAUUGACGACCAGUCAUGAGGUAGGAAGGGCAAGAUUGAAACGAUCAACAAGCAGAUAUGCGCAACAAUGAUUGACGACCGACUGGUGAUAUUCUCAACGAGCAACACAAGUGUGAGGGACAUUAGGAUGGCGUCAGGUGUAGGGCUGAGGAUAUUACGAGAGUUGACGGUUACCGGGAAAAGCCACGGGCGCACACGACUUGAAUGUCUUGGGUAAUAUGAACUAUAGUGUAUGACUAUGAGGAAGCCGUCGUGGGUGAGGGUUUGCUUAUUUGCUUUUAUUUUGUCUUAUACUAUAACCUGGAGGAAGAUUUUGGGACCACUCACUAAGAGUCGUUACUUGCUAGGUAGUUUUUGCUUUUAUCACAGAAAAGGGUCAAAAUAAU